CGCACCUCUCAAUUUUGCGCUACUCCGUCUUCAGUCUCUCCGGGGAUCUCGAAGAACAGCUCGAUAAAGUCCCGGCCAUGGAAGGAGACAACAUAAUAAUGCCAGUUUGACUCGGGGAGAUUUUCCAAGAUGCCAGGCCUUUUGUCCAGUCCUGUGUGUCUGACAGUCAUCUGGUUUUUAUCUUGGUCGCUGCAUCCUAGUUGUGCUCAGAUUUGGACUGGUGAAGUGUCAGGCGUGCAGUAUGGGCGCUUGGAGUCGAAUGUGACACUGGCAUGUGGAUCACAAGUCAGGACACCUGUGGUGUGGCAUCUCAACUACAGCGCAUCUUUACCAUGGCACAAAGUGACGUCAGAUGGAGCCUUAGUCCUGUUGCACGUCGGCCACUCAGCACAGGGCAUCUACAGCUGCUAUGAUCACCGGGGGCUGCUCCUGCACUCCGUCAAACUCAGGCUGGGCCAUCCCCCCGGGCUGCUGAGUGUUUCCUGUCAAGUGCCCAAUCACACACAUGUGCGCUGCUCCUGGGUGGACUCUGUAAAAACCUUCCUGCCAGCUCAGUACAAUGCCUCCCUCAGGGGCAGUGGUGAGGAGUGGAGGCCAUGUGUCGUGGAUAUCACCCGCAAGCACUGUGAUGUAGAUCACCCCACCUUCUGGCAGACCAUCCAUACCAUUAGAAUCACUGAAGCCAAUGCCCUUGGGUCUGAGACAACAUUUGCCCGGUUUAGGUUACAUGAACUAUUGAAACCAGACCCUCCAGAGUCACUGCUGGUGAAAGAAAUAGAAGGCUAUGCAAAGAGGCUGCAGGUCUCAUGGAACCUUCCCUCCUCCUGGCCGCUGCAUGAUGCUUUCCCCCUAGUGUUUCAGAUCAGAUACAGGCCCCAGGGCUCUAUAUACUGGUCAGAGAUUUACUCAGAGGAGAGUCCAGUUGUGAUAUCUGACGCCCUGGCUGGCCACCUCCACCAGGUGCAGAUCCGAGCCCGUGACGAAGUGAACACCGAGAGCCUGUGGAGUGAAUGGAGUCCCCAGGUUCUUGUCCGGCCCUGGGAAGACUACACCACCACUAACACUGAUGAGGAGUUCCCAUCGGAGGAUUCGUAUUUUGACGAUAUUUUGUCCGACAACACAAAGCCUGAAACCUCGACUGCAAAAUCACACAAUCCUGUACUUGAGGAUGAAAGUAAUUUGGGUUUGGUGAUCUUGCUGGUUUUGUUCUCCGUGGUCGUCCUCAUCACCGUCCCUUCCCUCAUCUAUGUCGUGUGGGUGAGGCAGAGGCGGAGCGAUCAUGUGACCAAACAGGAACUCACCUCUAUGGUCAAGAUGAAGUCCAUGCCAAUCUAAUGUUGAUUUCAAGCAUCUCCUUCUCAUCAGCCCGUUGUAGGGCUCCUCUCAAGAGUCAGCCUCUGCCUUCGCCAAUGUAGCAUGCUGACCGUCCGCAUUCAACUACAUUAACCACAAUGCAUCAGUUAGAGUCCAUCCAGGACAGCAGGGAUGAACCCAUACAGGGAACUGCAGAGUAGGGUAAAGUUGUGAAGUUGCCCAGUAUAUAAAAGCUGACUGGAUGGCCGGUUUUGCAUAAAUCACAUGUGCAGGACAUAUUCAGUGGUUACAUCUAACUGCACUACCCAGAAUGCAUCAGCAGAGUCCAUAUACUGUCCACGAAGGGACACAGAAAACAGCCCCUAUUCUGUUUCUUCACUUAAGCAGCCUCACUGCAGUUCACUCUUCAGCGGACUGUAGGAGCGACACUGCGCUAGGACAUUUGAGUUCACUCACUACCGAUGCUGCUUCAGUUGGACUGACUCUUCAGCCUCUGUGGAGAGGGGUGACAUUGUUUUGAACUUUUCACAUUUUAAUCAACACCUUAUGACAGGAAGUGCAGCUGCCAAACAGGAGAACAUAGGUUUGUUUUUGUGGGAAGAAGAAGAUUUUUUUUUUUUUGCUUGUCUCUUCUCCCACCCAGAACUCCUCACUUGCUUUUUUUUUUUUUUUUUUGAAAUUCUUUGUGAGACAGAUUAAUGUGUGUCCGUUAUUACACCGACUGACCAACCGACUCAAUGCUGUGAAGGAAGCAUAACAUUUGCCAGUCUCUCUGUGUGCAUCUGAUGCCAAAGCAGCAACUACGGGCAUUAUGGUCUCAGCUGAGGGGCAGGAAGCAGGAACCUGUUACUGGCUCCUGACCUGAGGGAUGGACGCGGAGAAUAAGGUCCAGGGGCGGGCUGGGUUAUUUAGACUUUAUUUGACAAAUGAUUUUAUGUUGCAUGGUAUGUUUGUUUUGUUGUCUGAUGUCUUUAAUACAGGUGUUAUUUUGUUUCUUUUGUUACACCUCUUUCUGUCCAUCCAUCCACUGCUCUUGAAUGUGUGUGAAGAAAAACACAUGAUGAGAAAGAGAAAGAGAAAAGAGAUAAUGGCCUAUCACAAACCACCAGCAUUAUGAUAUCAUAUAGAUACUUAGUUAACUAGAGAAUAUUAAACCAUAGAUAUUCAACUCUCCUGUCUGGACUCCAAAUAACCCCCAAUAACUUCUUCCCCAGGGUCAGGUUUGAAAAUGGUUAGAUGUUAGCAUUUCUUUAAAAGAUUAAACAAAGUCUGCCCACUCAGGGAUAAAAGUCAAACCGGGUCAAGUUACAUCAAAUACAGUUAUUUUAUUUUUGAUAUCAAUUAAUCUGUGGAGUCUAGAAAAUCUCAAAAGAAAUCAUUAUAAUUUCCCAGAGUCCAAGGUGAUGCCUUCACAUUUCUCGUUUUGUCAAAUUCAAUCAUAUUGAAUUUAAAAUGAUUUAAAAAAAAAAAAAAAAUACAGAGGAAAGCAGCAAAUCCUCACAUCUGAAAGGAUGACACUAGCAAAUAUUUGGCACUUUCUUGAUGAUAAAAUGAAACAGUUGAAAUCUUUUAAAAUUGCCGUCAGUCUAUGGAUUGAGUGACUAAUUGUUUAAGCACUUGGCCAUUGUUACAGCCUUAAAGGUUUAGUCAGCCAGGUUGUUACCUUAAAAGAAAAAAAAGAAAAAGGUAAAGCCACAAGGUCAUAUAGUGCAUUGAGAGACCUUUUUAAGUGAAGUUGAUAAAACUUUGCCUAGGUUAGUAAUUUCUUUUUAGGCUAUAUGUUUUGAGAUUUUAAAUCAAUUGCACGAAAUGUGUUACAGCUAAAAUGAAAAAAAUAAAAGAUUGUAGAUUCAAAGGUAGAAACAAGAAGCUUGUGACAAGUUCAUUAGCUAAAAGCUAGUGAAAAGUUACUUUGAGAAACUACUCAUGAAAAAUGAAAACAGAUGCAGGAACAGCUGAUUAAUCUGACAAUACCUGUAAGAGCGAACACGUUUAUUAGUGCACCUUACAUCUAAUUUUGGCAUGAUGUCUUUUUCACGUGGUGAGUGGGCUCUCACAGUCACUGCUAUACCACCAGAACAACCCCGAAAUGGUUUGUGGAUGGUUACUACGGAAAUAUUCAGUAGCAUAUGUUCAUGUAUACCACAAUAACUGAGAAGUGCACAACAGGAGGGCUUACACUACGGUAAAUUAGAAUGAAUGUUGAUGAGGACGUUUGCUUAGGUGAUACUUGGCAUUUGAGGGAAAUAGUCAAAGUUUAGGAGAAAAUCAGCAGCAAGGCAUCAACACAGAUCAAUCACGGAAACGGUUGGCAUGGACAGCUGCAGUUCAGUGUUAGUGUAGCUCAGCACAGUGAUUGUACCAGUUGUACUUUUCGUGGCAAGAACAUCGUCAUCUCCGUGACUGACAGAUCAGAAGGCUCUUGUUUGACCAGUCAAGCUUUCACCAUGUGCUCGGUCAUCCGAUGAAAGUAGAGUUUAUGUAGCUCAAUCAAAGCGUGAUUGUUGGUGGGUGUGCGCAUGAGACGAGCACGAAGAUGAUGACUUGACAAGAGCGACUCUCGCUCACUGCACUUGUGUCUCACAACCCACCAACUCAUGGAAAGUGAGUGCUUCACCGUAUGUCAAGCCCCAAAUACCUCUAGUACAGUCCAGUACAUCUGGUUUAGUUCUGCUUUGGACGGCUGCACCUACAAACCUUGUGUCCUGGCUAUCUUUGCGCCACACAAUGGAAGCGAGAAGCUGUUAGAACAUUUCUUUCUCCUUUGUUUCUGUUGGUCUGGUUGUUCUGUUGAUCCAAAGCCGUGUAGUUACUAACCAGUUGAUUGAUGGAUUGACUGACGGACAGUGUAGUUUGUAUCAGAAACACAAGGUGCAUCUAAGUCGAACUUUUUCCAGUUUGAUGACUGUAUGUUCUCUCAAGCUAGCUCCACGUAUUAUGCAUGAACCCAGUUGAAGCUUCUUUUUUUUUUUUUUUUUUUUGUAUAUUAAUGUAUCACAAAAAAAUACAUGUAUAAGUGAUGUUUAUAUCUAGUGAAAAAGAGAAACAUAUUCUUUGGGAUAGUUUCGCAGACAUGGUUUUAAUUCAGUCUUGUGUUAAUUUGUAAUCAACAAAUUAGCACUUAAUACUAGUUUUAGAGUUUAUUAAAUUUUAUACAGUAAGUGAAACCCUACAAAUAUCAGGUUUGUUGACAGAUGUUGUCGAUACAUUAGCCGUAAUUCUCCAAAUUAUAUUGUUAUUCUAGAGAACAGUGAGAAGCAAAAUUCUCAAACGACUGAAAAAUAGUACUAGUGACUGAGCAUGACCCAUGUCUGGAGAAGCUUCCCAGCGUUGUGUAUUUGUGUCUUUUCUCCCCAGUUAUAUGAAGCUGUACGAUUACUGUAUGGACAAUGUGUUUACUGAAUUCAUCCUCAUCCCACUUGCAUUUCUUUUAGUGUUGAGUUUCUUUCAUUUCUUUGCAGUCAGAUCAACCACAUUUUUUUUCUUUUGCAGCUCUUCCUGAAUUCCUGUGGCAACACUCACAAAGAAAGCAAAACAUUUCUAAAUUACAUUUGACAGAUAUAUAUUAGGAUAAUCGUCACAUCUGGAUAGCUUUUUUUUUUUCAUGUUUUUCUUUCCUUCAAGAUCUAGCUGAAGUGACCUUAGUCAAGAUAAUGAACUGGCGACCCACAGUAACCUUUAUACUGUAUAUGCUGUUUUAUAUGGCAGAACUACACAAAUGGAGGGAAUAAUUUAAAAAACUAAAAGAAUAUAAAAACCCAGAGAUAAGAGCUAUUUUGUCAUAACUGCUGGGUUUCAGGUAACAAGAUUAAUAUUUUUCCAAUCUAAACAGAAAAAAGUCAGAAAUUCAUUAUUUGUUACUGCCAAAAAUAUUUUUUUUAUCGUGCAAAUUUCAAAUUUUCAAGUCAGAUCAUACAAACCAUCACAUUGAAUUUUAUGUGAGUAAGAUGCCCUGUCCAUCCUGUUUCUGAGGUUCUAAGUGAUCUGUUUUUUUUCUGUACAUUGUGGAACUAUCAGUUGCCACCUUUCUCUUUCAUUUUAGUGGUGCGUUCUCUGGUUUUGUGGACGCACUUGUGGUAUUCUCAGUCUUUCCAUGUUCCUCUGCAGUAUGUGAUAGCAGAUGGAGCCUGUUGAUUUUAGUUCUUAUAACUCAAAUUACACUCAGGCAUCCAUUCUCAGAUGUACAUAGUCUUUUUUUUUUCUUGCUUUAUGUGUACGACAGAUAUCACCAUAAGCUGUUUUUUUUCUCUCCCUGUCCUUGUAUGUUUCUGUGAAAUAAAUACUAUUUUAUCACA